UCAUGCCCUCCUUGCUGUGAGAGGGUCCCGCAGAGCCCUCCCGGCCCCAGUCGGCAAGAGUUAGGAGGAAAGGUCUGAAAAUUUCCAUAGAACCAGAAAGACAAGAUCUAGCAUAGGCUGUGCAAAAAUUUCCAUGGAGACGCUGAUGGCAAAACUGCUCCCCAGUCUGCACCCCGCCUGGAUGGGGAAUUAAAGGAGCUUAUUGAGGUUGGAAGGCAAAUUGGCCCCCAGAGGAGACAACACUUAGAUAAUUGCUUUAAAGGCAAAUGCUAGAGCUAGAAUUCUAAUGAGAAGAGGUGACGCCUCGAGACAGCAGGGCGGCUACUAGACAUCCCAGCUCUGCCCUUUGAAGGAAAGCUGCCUGGUCCCCCAGCUGGGGAACCAUGGUAGCUGGCACUCACCUUCCCCUGGGGGUUUAGGAAGUCAUCUUUUGACAGGAAAGCCAGAGAGAGAGGGAGUGCUGCAGAAGGGGCAUUUGUCCCUCCUGUCCCUACUCCUCCUCCGUAGUGCCCUUCCCUAACCCGCAGACUUGACCGGAAUGGGUUUAGGGGAUGCACAUUGAUGAGUUUACAGAAAGUCAGCAAGAGGAUGCCUGGAGGGCUCGGGGAGGUGAGGAAGUUUGAGUUUAGGAGAAAUCAUAGCACCUGGAGCUGAGGACCACAGACGCUGCCCAUUUGGAAAGAAGUUUCUUCCCGAGUCCUGAUGGUCUAGAUUCCUCCAGCCCUGUGCAGGAAACCCAAAGGAGCCCAGAUUGCAGAUGCUCCAUGUGUUGAUACUGCGUGUGAUGCAUGGCCGGCAUUGAUGCGCCUCCAGGAGAGGGCGAACCCUGAUCCAAACCUGAGAGACAACCUGUAGAAGGUGGCAGUGGGGAGCAGUCACCACCACCAGGCCCGAAGGCCGAGGAGGGCUCUGAGGCUGUGCUCCCCAGGCACAGGAGCGUGUUCCACAUCGAGUGGUCGUCCAUUCGGAGGAGGAGCAAAGUGUUUGGAAAAAGCGAACACCAGGAGAGACAAGCCAAAGAGCCAUUUCCCUAUCCAUACCGGAAGCCCACCAUUGAGCUGCUUGAUCUGAACACCAUGGAGGAGAGCUCCGAGAUUAAGGUAGAAACCAGCACGUCCAGGACUUCCUGGAUCCAGAGCUCCAUGGCCGCCAGCGGGAAGAGGGUCAGCAAAGCCCUCAGCUACAUCACGGGAGAGAUGAAGGAAUGCGGAGAGAGACUUAAAGACAAAUCCCCAGUGUUCCAGUUUCUGGACUGGGUGCUCCGGGGCACGUCUCAGGUGAUGUUCGUGAACAACCCCCUCAGCGGCAUCCUCAUCGUCCUUGGCCUCUUCAUCCAGAACCCCUGGUGGGCCAUCUCGGGUUGCCUGGGCACCAUUGUGUCCACCUUGACAGCCCUCAUCCUGAGCCAGGACAGGUCAGCAAUUGCAGCAGGACUCCAUGGCUACAACGGAGUGCUGGUGGGGCUGCUGAUGGCAGUGUUCUCAGACAAAGGCGACUAUUACUGGUGGCUUCUGCUCCCUGUCAUCGUCAUGUCCAUGUCUUGCCCCAUCCUCUCCAGUGCCCUGAGCACCAUCUUCAGCAAGUGGGACCUGCCAGUCUUCACGCUGCCUUUCAACAUUGCUGUGACCCUGUACCUGGCAGCCACAGGCCACUACAACCUCUUCUUCCCCACGAUGCUGCUACAGCCUGCAUCCUCUGUGCCCAACAUCACCUGGUCGGAGAUCCAGGUGCCCCUGCUUUUGAGAGCCAUCCCCAUUGGGAUCGGCCAAGUGUACGGCUGCGAUAACCCCUGGACCGGAGGCAUUUUCCUCGUGGCCCUGUUCAUAUCCUCACCUCUCAUUUGCUUACACGCAGCAAUCGGAUCCACCAUGGGGAUGUUAGCAGCGCUCAGCAUUGCCACGCCCUUUGAUGCCAUCUACUUCGGCCUGUGUGGCUUCAACAGCACUCUGGCAUGCAUUGCCAUUGGAGGCAUGUUCUACGUCAUCACCUGGCAGACGCAUCUCCUGGCCAUUGCCUGUGCACUGUUUGCAGCCUACCUGGGGACUGCCCUGGCCAACAUGUUAUCUGUGUUUGGAUUACCACCCUGCACCUGGCCCUUCUGCCUCUCAGCGCUCACCUUCCUGCUCCUGACGACCAACAACCCCGCCAUCUACAGGCUCCCACUCAGCAAGGUCACCUACCCAGAGGCCAACCGCACCUAUUACCUGUCCCAGGAGAGAAACAGAAGAGUAUCUACCACAACCAAGUACCAGGCCUACGAUGUCUCCUAAGUGGCCCUUUCCAGCAGGCUACCUGUGUCCCCAGGCUAAAGGUCACUUAACCUCCCCUCUGUCUGUUCUGUGAUUCUCCCUGCCAAGCACAGACCAAAAUGUGUGUGGUCACCUUCAGGAGCCUCCCUAAGAUGCACGACACUUGUCCACAACAUGUUAGUUUAGACUUGACACCCACCGCUGGCUCUAUUGGCCCAAGAGCUCCCUUUGAGGGGACUUGCUGUCUUCUGCAAAAUAAGCUCAUCCUUAAAGAGAGGUCACCCAGAAGGGACAGAGAUGGGUGACAAGAUCACCCAGCACAGUCAGUUAAUGUAGCAAAGCACAGUCCAGAGAAAUGUUCAUUAGCCUGGAAAGCAAGAGGCCUGAUCCCCUCCUAGCUCUGCCACUAAUGAUCCCCAACUGUCUCAGGCUCAAUUUCUUGUUGGCAAGGGUUUCUUUAUGACAGGGAGGGACUCUAAAGUCUCUUCCACCUCAGAAGUGUUGAUUCUUCUCUGUCUCCUAUAAACUGAUCAAAUCAGCAUGACCGGCAAGUGUUACCUUAGGUUAAAUAAUACAAGCAGCAGCAGGACAGCGCUACGGCUCUCCAGAGCUCAACUCUCAGAUUAGAGAAGUUCUCCAGAUUUGAGGUUAGGAAUCUACUUUCACCAGAAUUGCCAACUGCCUUUCCUGACAGAACAGAAAUGUUUCUGGAGAUGUCAUAAGAUGAUCUCUUACAACACUUGAAUCACAACAUAAAGAAGUAUCUUUCCUUUUGUAAAAUUCACAAUCAUAAUGUCAUUAAACUGCUCUAACAUUGUGA